CCCACAGGCUACUUUUCGCCGCUGGACGGCUACACGCUGCACAUCACCGACCUCGACCCGCACUCCCUCUCGGCGGGCGGCGGGCUGGAGGACGUCAACCUCGUCAAAAAGUACGAGAUCUCGGAGGAGGACUACCUGAAGCGGGAGGACAACUUCCGCGCGUGGAAGGAGGCCAAGAAGCGGGAGGACCCGAGCUGCGAGGAGUCGUACAAGGAGCUCGCGGAGCGGAUCACGGUGGGCGACCGGUGCGAGGUGACGCUGGGGGGCAAGCGGGGCGAGGUGCGAUACGUGGGCAAGAUCCCGGCCAUUGCGGCAGGCUGGUGGGUGGGCGUGCAGUACGACGAGCCCGUCGGAAAG